AUGGCUGCAAAGAACGACCCAGGCGUGACGGCGCGCGAUGUCAGGAACACGGCGCUCUGGCGUGAAAUGGAGGAGCAUUUCCUCAAUGUUCACGGUCCAGGAUUUGGCAAGAUAACUGGCGCUUCCGAUCCGUGCCCCCACCCUGACGGCAGCAAGAUUCUGUUCACUGGUUCCAUGUGGGCAAAGCUCGAGGACACACCGCAGACCCGGAUCUGUGUCGUUGAUACCAACACAGGCGCAGUGACGGUCGCGACUGAUGGGCCAAACAAUGAUAAAUUACCGAAAUGGUCGCCAGAUGGACAGUGUGUGGCUUUCCUGUCCGACCGCGCCGAAAAGGGCAUAUUCCAGCUUUACAUUGGCGGCGCUGAUGAGCUCUCGAAGGCCGCGCCAAGCUCCCCUGCAGAGGGUAUCGUCGAAUACUUUGACUGGUGCCCGCAAGGCACGGCAAUUUUGAUAGGCACAGCUGGGCUUGGUGCUGACAAGGCGGGUGCGGAUGGUUCAGGCGACCUUGCCACAGGCUCGGGUGAUUCAGACGUAGUUCCUGCCUGGAUGCCAGAGGUACACUCGAAAGCCGAUGAUGAUGCCGCCUGGCGGACCCUUUGGGUCUGCGACGCCAAGGGAGACGACAUGAGGCAGGUAAGUCGCCAGGGGACGAAUGUUUGGGAGGCCGCUUGGUGUGGUCCCGACCACGCGAUUGCGAUUGCCUCAACCGCUCCUGGAGAAGAGGCGUGGUACACGGCCAAACUCGUCAUCAUAGAGCUCUGCUCAGGGGAGGAGCGUGUGCUCUAUGAAAGCAAACGCCAGCUGGGCCUCCCUGCCGCAUCCCCGUCGGGCAAGCUCGUUGCGUUCGCUCAGGCAGUAUGCAGUGAUCGGGGGAUCAUCGCUGGAGAUAUUCUGUUGAUCGAUCCGAACUCGAAAGAUGGAACUACAACCUCACUUGCCAUCGCAGGCACCGAUGCCACCCAACUGACAUGGCGGGAUGAGAACCGCCUGUUUUACAUGGGCCAACGUGGCUUGCAGACGAUUGCCGGGGAGAUCGAUUUGACUAGCAAAGAGGUCAAGGAAAUAUGGGCAACUUCAGAAACCUGCGGGUAUCGUUAUCCUCGGGCAAGCCCUUAUGCAGCUGAGGGAGUGGUUGCGGUAUGUGAGAGCUGGACGCGAUAUCCCGAAAUUGGAAUCGUGUCGAAAGGCAAAUACCAGACAGUCGUUUCUCUCGAUCAGGGAGGAGGGCAGUGGCUACUUUCGAAAAUCGGCGCCGUCGAGGAAGUGUCCUGGAAAGCCCCAGAUGGCCUGGAGAUACAGGGCCUCCUCUAUUUGCCCACGGGUCGAACGGGGCCGUACGCUACGGUGCUCAAUGUCCAUGGUGGUCCGGUAUGGGCCAUUAGGAACUGGUGGGGCUCAACAUCGCAGUACGUGCCAUUGCUGGUGGCUCAGGGAUAUGCCGUGCUGUGCGUCAAUCCUCGAGGUUCUGGAGGCAGAGGCCAAGGCUUUGCCGAGAAGGUGUACGGAGACAUGGGAGGUGCGGAUACGCACGACUUCCUCUCCGGGCUUGACGAACUGGUCGCUCGCGGCAUCGCAGACCCAAAGCGACUGGGCGUGACGGGCGGAAGUUAUGGCGGGUUCAUCUCGUCCUGGAUCAUCACGCAGUCCGACCGCUUUGCAGCCGCCGUCGCCCUGGCCCCCGUCACGGACUGGUUCGGGCAGCACACGACCUCCAACAUACCCUACUUCGACCAGAUCUUCCUCAACAGCGACCCAUACGCCCCGGGCGGUCUUUACUAUGAGCGCAGCCCGGUGCGGUUUGCGGGCCGAUACCCCACCCCGGUCCUUCAGGUAGCUGGCGCCCAGGACCGCUGUACUCCUCCGGGCAACGCCCUCCAAUAUCAUCGAGCCUUGCUCGAACACGGAGUUGAGUCUGUGCUCGUGACUUAUCCUCAGGAGGGACAUGGAGUCAGGAAGUUUCCCGCGUUUAUCGACUUUAGUCACCGAAUGCUGAGCUGGUUCGGGAAGCAUAUGCCGGCGUGA